AUGAUUAUUCUCGAAGUUCAUAAUCGUAUAAUAGAAGAAUUGUUAACCGUACAAAUCGAGACGUUUCUACGUAAAGAAAAAAUAGUCGAAAUCAAAACCAAUGUUGUCGAUUUCGACGGAGCACUUUAUCAUAUUACACAUUCCCGUGAUAGCCCAUUUGUUGUUAGCAUUAAAUUGAAAUUUUUUCAAGAUUUAGAACAAUAUGGUACCGAUGAAACUCUUCGCCGUGAAUAUGGCGAUUUAUUAGUUGCACCUUUGGACGGCUAUGAUGUAACCUUAUCAUUAGAUUUUAACAGUCAAUUGCCGAAAGGUGAGACCAAUGACGUCUGGUUACCAUUAGUUCGAAAGAUUUCGAUGCUGAAACGUCAUUGUUUUGCGAUUGUGUUCGAAAAAUACUUCGAAUUUCAAAGUAAACAACAGCCAACAACUGGUGAUCAAAAACGGGCGGUGAUACAUUACCGCGAUGAUGAAACUAUGUAUGUCAAUGCAUCAUCUGACCGUGUGACUGUGAUUUUUUCGACGGUAUUCAAAGAUGCUGACGAUAAUGUCAUCGGACGUUUCUUCAUGGAAGGACUUCGUGAACGAAGACAACAGUUUCAACAAGCCCCGCAAGUCAUCGUCAGUUAUCGAACACCUCCCGAAGAACUCAAAGGCACGCCCGAUGCUCGCACAGGUGAUAAUAUUGGUUAUUUAACGUUCGUUCUCUUUCCUCGUCAUACAAAGGCCGCAUCACGAGAGAACACCAUUAACUUGAUUUACAUCCUUCGGAAUUACUUUCAUUAUCAUAUAAAAUGUUGCAAAGCGUAUUUGCAUGCGCAUAUGCGUCGUAAAACGAAUGAAUUUUUACGACGUCUGCAAUUAGCUCGGCCUGAGGUGAAGAAAACUUUUCGACGUGGUGCAGCUGGCGAAGCAUCGGCCGGUGUGGAAUAG